AUAAAUUCAAUACAAUAUCAUCUUCCCACCAAACGGAUAGCCAGUAGUGGCAGUGCGAGUGGAUAAUCCUCCAAUUCCCCCCUCACUCACAGAACCCACUCAGCUCAAGCACACCCGCAGCCUCUCCAAUGGCUACCACUGCAACAACAACGGCCCCAUCUUCUCUCUCUUUCUUCUCCUCUUCAGUCUUCUUCACCUCCUCCCAACGCCAAACUCUCAAACCAUUCCUAUCCUUCAAAACACCCAAUUCCCUCAAAUCCCCAACUCCAAAGCCCCUCUCUAUCAUCUCCGAGCUCGCGACCCUCCCCGUCCUCUCCUUCACCGGCGAGAAAGUCGGCGAGACUUUUCUCGACCUGAAGUCGGCGCCGCCGGAGACUGCCCGCGCCGUCGUCCACCGAGGCAUAAUCACCGACCUCCAGAACAAGCGGCGCGGAACCGCGUCGACCCUCACGCGCGGCGAGGUGAGGGGCGGCGGCAGGAAGCCCUACCCUCAGAAGAAGACGGGCCGGGCCAGGAGCGGGUCCAUAAGGUCGCCGCUCCGGCCCGGUGGAGGCGUGGUGUUCGGGCCCAAGCCCAGGGACUGGUCCAUCAAAAUCAACCGGAAGGAGAAGAGGCUGGCGAUCUCAACGGCGGUGGCGAGCGCGGCGGUGAACACCAUCGUGGUGGAGGAUUUCGGGGACAAGUUCGAGAGGCCGAAGACGAAGGAGUUCAUCGCUGCGCUCAAGCGGUGGGGGAUUGAUCCGAAGGAGAAGUCGACGUUCCUGAUGAUGGAUGUGACGGAGAAUUUGGUCCUCUCCAGCAGAAAUAUCGGGACGCUGAAGAUUCUGACUCCGAGGACGCUCAACUUGUUCGACAUUCUCAACGCCGACAAGCUGGUGCUCACGCCUGGUGCCGUGUAUUACUUGAACGAGCGCUACGGCGUUGAUUUCGAGGGCGAGAGUGAGGAGGAUGAUGAGGAAUCUGCAGAAGAAGAAGGAACUGUUGAUGAGAAUCCUAGUUCAGCAGAAUGAUACUUGAGAGCGUAGGGGGCAGUCUUGUAACUGUUUUUAUUCUUUUUUCUUGACAAACUUAGGAUUCAUCUGGAUCCAUAACUUCAGAUGAGCCUGAAAGGGAUCUCUGCCUUUGGCUGAAUUUACGAGCAUGGAGUGUUGCAAUUGCAACUUUGUGCGAUGUCAGCGUAGUUUUGGUGUAUUUUGGUGCAUUCUUUUUUUGUAUCAAUUUGCAGAUUGUCUUUAAUAGAAAUGUAAUUAGUUGGACCAUCUCUCCAUUUGGUUGCAGGCCAUAUAUAGUUGUUUGACUGA